AUGCGACCCCAAUCAAGGGAAGUGUUCUACAAUGCAUCCCUUUUAGAUCUGGGAAAUCGGGUGCUGGGGCUUGAGAAUUUCCCCUUCCUCUUGGUGUUUAGAUUGGGACAGUUAUUUUUUAGGAGAUAAAUUGAGAUUGUUGCGAUAACGGAUCCUUAUCAACUGCUUGAUUCGCCUGUGAGGUUUGACGAGAGAUUGGUAAUUUGCAGAAUGGAUGCAGGAGUUAGUUUCAGUCGAGCUUAUCAUUAUUGCUAUUGUUUUCGCCUUAUUUGGUGGUCAAUUUGUUAGCUCAGCCACGACAAGUUGAGGAUUGAUUAGUUUUUAACCAAUUGGUUUAACCAACUGGGCAUAAAUUGAUUAGCUCAGCCGGUUAGAACACAUGCCUCGAAUAAAACAGGGUGUAUGUAUGUUUGCUGAUGCCAUGCUUGAUAAGGCUCUGUAUAUAGGCAUACAUGCUGUCUGGAAGAUAGGUCAUCAAUUGAGAAGCUGCCCUUCACAGGGGCAGGUGUUAAGGCCAGCUUCAGAGGACAUUCAAAACCUGUCCCAAGGUGUGCGCUCCCAAAGGAUCUAAUUGAGGAACUUCAGAAGCACAUCCAAAACACUAUAUUUGUAAGCAGCCUCUGCAGGAAAUUGGCAGCUCUCCCCACUCUGCACUCGUUUGUUGAUUGGCACGAAUCUGUACGUGUGGGCUCCCUGAUCAAAGUAUGAACUUAGUUACAGCUUGAAGAGUGGCAAGAAGAAUCAUCUUUUAACUUUUUGAUUGUGCGUGCUUACAUUAAUCUCCAUCAUUGUGGGCACAAGGUCAUUACCCGUCUGUUUCCAGCUUUUGGUGCAUUGCAAAUUUGCAAUGAUGCAAUAUGGUACCACAUGUUUUCAGUUUUCACAAAUCACAGUGGCCAGGCAGUUUAGGUGUGAUAGAACCAGCGUAUGAAGUUGGGUGUAGUACCUACUACCUAGCAAGAACAAAGAAUAUAUAUUCUCCUGUCCAAAAUAGGUCUGGAGUCUUUUCGCCAAAAAAAAGGUCUGGAAUCAUAUCUAUAUUUUUAAACAUAUCUUGGCCAAUGUUAGUGUGGUCACUUUAUUCCACCAUUAAACAACAAUAUCACAUCUAAUUUUAAGUUGGAAAAAAUGAUACUGUAGGAGUUUAUAUGCGAUAUGCGAAUUUUAUCCCCGUAGGAAAAUCUUUGUUUAUGUCAAUAACGAAUUAACCAUACUCAUUGUCUUGCUCCUGUUGCACAUGUGGGGUGAGCUAUGGUGAACUGACAUGUGUCGGAACAAAUGCUUUCGAAUGUAUCCUCUAGGACUUUUGUGUUAGUGCUUUGCAGUCAGUUCGGUCACCUGCUUUAAUACAAGGUCUGUCAGCUGUCAAUCCCUUUGGAAAAAUCAACAGACAUAUUCUUAUAGUUGGUGGAAAUAAAAAUAAAAAACAAGUCUAGAUCAAAAUGAUCGUGCAUGAAGAAUAUGAUCUAGCAGGGGAUAAAAAGAGGAUGGGAUUGCUGAAGAGCUUCAGGAACCCACCAUGGCCCAAUAGCUAUUGCUUCUAACCAUGUAUUCUACUGCUACGAUGAAGUAUAAGUAGUCUGCAUUGGGACUACAGGGUGUUUCCACUUUCCAGUAGUGCCAAUGUAAUAACACGUCCCUCUUUUGGAGCUACAACAUGAUUGCACUCUGUUUCUCUAAAGACCACUAUGAGUCGUAGAACAUGAUUAUGAUCAAUCUACCUUGAUUGUUAUCAUUAAUAUAUGAUUUUCUUCGAUGAGUUGGUACAUACAUGCAUAUUGUAUCCUUGUUCUUCCUACUCAUCCUGGCCAGGUUAUGUUGAGAGAACCUAAGAAGGUGUGCACAGGCAGAAUUGAGCAGCGAGGCGAUAUACUAUAGACCUAAUCUUCAUAUACAGCAUGAACGACACUGAGAAUCGAAGACUUCAAUAAGAGCAAUAUGCAAAUAUCCUCCACAUCAGGGUGCAUUUUAGAAGCUCCACAUCAGGGUUUGACAUCCUCUUCAGAGCAAUAUGCAAAUAUCCUCCAGCUUUUAGCUAGCUGUGGGGCUUGUGGCAUCUGCUGGUGGGAGCAUAAUUUGGCUGGGGAAUUGCAGGCCCCGCCUCCACCCUGUUUCUGUUUUUUUCUUCCUUUUUAGGGGAGCUAUGGAGCCUCGUGGUCUCAAUCUCUAUCUUCUAUAAGUACUGCAACCUCUCAACAUUGUUAUUCGUGGGACAGACUGCCUCCGAGGGCAAAGGUUCCAAGGAUUCAUCCAAGCUCUGCUGUCCCACACAGAUUGCAAUGGCAACAGUCUCAAUGGACGUUGAAGCGGGAAGAGAUGACAAGAAGAAGGGGUUCCACCAAGAUCUGGUCCUAGCUUACAAGACAUUGGGUGUCGUGUUCGGUGGCCUCGUCACUUCACCUCUCUAUGUUUAUCCAUCGAUGAAUCUGACCAAUCCCACCGAGGAAGACUACCUGGGGAUAUACAGCAUCAUGUUCUGGACCCUGACUCUGAUCGGUGUCAUCAAGUACAUAUGCAUAGCUCUGCAUGCCGAUGAUCAUGGUGAAGGUGGCACAUUUGCCAUGUAUUCUCUUCUCUGCCAGCAUGCCAACAUCGGCAUCCUCCCGUCCAAAAAGAUUUACAUCGAAGAAGAGGAUCUGGUCUCGACUGAGCCUGCUGUGACCAGAAGGCCAAGCAGGCUGAGGAGAUUCAUCGAGCGCAGCAUUGUCGCCAGGAGGCUGCUGCUCCUCACUGCUAUAUUGGGCAUGUGUAUGCUAAUCAGAGAUGGCAUUCUCACACCUGCUAUUUCAGUCUUGUCUGCUAUAGAUGGACUGAGAGGCCCUUUCCCAUCCGUCAGUAAACCUGUGGUGGAGGUUGUGUCUGCAGCGAUCCUCAUUGGGCUCUUCCUGCUGCAGAAGUACGGCACGUCGAAAGUGAGUUUCAUAUUCUCGCCAAUCAUGGCUGCGUGGACUUUUACCACACCGAUCAUCGGCAUCUACAGCAUCUGGCGCUAUUACCCUGGCAUCUUCAAGGCCUUGUCGCCACACUACAUCAUUAUGUUCUUCAUGACCAACCAGAAAAGGGGCUGGCAGCUGCUCGGUGGAACCGUUCUCUGCAUCACUGGUGCCGAGGCCAUGUUUGCGGAUCUUGGACACUUUAGCAAGAGGUCUAUCCAGAUCGCAUUUCUCACAAGCAUAUACCCCUCCCUCGUGCUCACCUAUGCUGGGCAGACGGCGUACCUGAUCAACAACGUCGAUGACUUCAGCGAUGGGUUCUACAAGUUUGUGCCGCGUCCCGUGUACUGGCCCAUGUUCGUCAUUGCGACACUGGCAGCUAUCGUGGCAAGUCAAUCGCUGAUCUCAGCCACCUUCUCCGUCAUCAAGCAGUCAGUAGCCCUCGACUACUUCCCCCGUGUCAAGGUGGUGCACACCUCCAGGAACAAGGAAGGGGAGGUAUACUCGCCGGAAACCAACUACAUACUCAUGCUGUUCUGUGUUGGUGCCAUCCUCGGUCUCGGCGAUGGUAAGGACAUCGGAAACGCGUUCGGGGUGGUAGUCAUCAUGGUCAUGCUAAUCACCACCGUCCUGCUCUCCCUGGUGAUGCUCAUCAUCUGGGACACGCAUGUGGUGCUUGUGGCACUCUACUUCGUGCCAUUCCUGAUCCUCGAGGGCACCUACGUGAGCGCAGUGUGCACCAAGAUCCUCAAAGUUGGGUGGAUGCCGUUUGCAGUGUCAUUUUUGUUGGCAUUAAUCAUGUUCGGCUGGUACUAUGGUAGACAGAGGAAAGCGGAGUACGAGAUUGCGAACAAGGUAACACUCGAGCGGCUCGGUGAGCUCCUCGCUGGUGCUGACGUGCACCGCGUCUCCGGGCUCUGCUUCUUCUACAGCAACAUGCAGGACUGGCUCACACCGGUGCUCCCGCACUACAUCAGGAACAUGCGGUCAUUGCACAAGGUGACCAUCUUCCUCACACUUCGGUACCUCCUGGUGGCCAAGGUCGAUGCCAAGGACCGUGUGGCCAUCCGGCGGCUUGGGCCCAACGGGGUUUACGGGUGCACGAUACAGUAUGGCUACGCCGACCCGCUUGACACCGAGGAGAACGAACUCGCUGACCUGGUGGUGGGUGCCCUGCGGGACCACAUCACCGAGGAGGAGGUGGCUCUGCUUGAGGAGGCGAGGGAGGCUGGGGUGGUGCACAUCAGGGGCAAGAUGAGGUUCCACGUUGGCAAGGACACGGGAUUCUUCGACCGGGUUCUGCUCGGCUUCUACGAGUUCCUGCACAGCACGUGCCGGUCGGCGCUGCCAGCACUUGGGAUCCCCCUGCAGCAGUGCGUCGAGAUCGGCAUGCUCUCCAAGGCCUGACGCUACGCUUGCACACACUUGCAUAUGUAUGACGCAGUGCGUGCUAAUAAAUCGUUCUGGUUUUCGGUUGUUUCAGCUACCUGUAGUAGCCACGCAAUGGCGUUUGUAAGUAAACCUCAGUAUGAAGGUUGCCAUGGAAUAAAGCAUGUAUACAUGCUGCGGAAGGUAAGCUUUUGCAACCAUAACUUAAGAGUUUCGGGUACUCUGGAAACUUUCAGCUCAAAGUAUUGCUUCCAAAUUUCUUCGCCACCCCAAUCAUGGCAUUUGUUUCUGAUAUACUUGAAAAAAUUGCUUUUUGGUAUA